CUACCGCAGCGCUUCUGUCAACAAAGGCAGUGCGGAAGGUCGGGGUUGACUGUGCGGGAACGUUGGUUCUCAGCUGUGAUGUAAACGUUCGAGCUGUUUGUUGGAAUCGCAACGGAAUAAAAACACAGUCAGAGGUGGCUGGAGCCUCAUCUGAGCUGAGGAUGCCGUUCUUGGGACGGGAUUGGCGCUCCCCGGGAGGGUGUUGGGUGAAAUCCGAGGAAGGGUGGAAACGCUCGCAGUUUUACCGGGAAGUGGAUGGUCACGGGGAAAAGCAGGUGUGCACACGGUUGCAAGAACAGCUCAAUGGAAGUAAAAUUGUUGAAGACUGUGAGGUAGUUGCAAAAAAGAGGAAGAAGGAUCACUUUAAUAUCAACACACAAAACUUCUAUAAGGAAAAAUGGAUCUACAUUCAUAAAGGAAGUACUAGAGAAAGACAUGGUUACUGUACACUGGGAGAAGCUUUUAACCGUUUAGAUUUUUCAAGUGCAAUUCAAGACAUGAGAAGGUUCAACUACAUUGUUAAACUUCUGCAACUUGUGGCAAACUCACAGCUAACUUCUUUGAGUGGAGUUGCACAGAAGAAUUACUUCAAUAUUUUGGAAAAGAUUGUUCGGAAAGUGAUUGAGGACCAACAGAACCCUCGACUUAUCAAAAAUCUUCUACAGGAUCUGGCUUCUGCUCUCUGUAUCCUAAUCCGUGAGAUGGGAAGAUGUGUCCUAGUUGGGAACAUUAAUAUCUGGGUUUACCGCUUGGAAACCAUCCUGAAUUGGCAACAUCAGCUAAAUAAUCUGAAGAUUACCAGGAGAAUAUGUAAUGGUGUGACAUUGAGUGACCUUCCACUUCAUAUGCAGAGAAGCAUUCUGCAUAGGUUUUCUGAUGGCCUGGACAUUAUCAGUUUGGGACAGGUGACUUCCACUUUGCAUAUGCUUAGUGAAGAUAGAUAUCUGUGGAAAAAACUUUGCCAGUACCAUUUUCCGGAAAAACAGUUUUGUAGGCACUUGAUUUUGACCGAGAACGGAUGUGUUGAUUGGAAGCUGAUGUACUUCACACUUCAGAAGUACUGUCCGAAAAAGGAGCAAUAUGGAGAUGCCCUUCAAUUCUGUCGCCAUUGCAGUAUUUUGUUCUGGAAGGACUACUGCCUUGCUUUACUAUUCAAGGUAUUUUCAAAUAUUUGUGUUCUUAAAUACCAUCUAGUAUGUAUCUGUCCAAUUUCUGCAGGCCAGUCAACUUCUUGAUGUCUUAGACUUUUACAAAAAAUAAUUGUGUAUCUAUUAAGUAGUUGUACUAUUUCUCUUAAAGGUAUAUAAUCUUGUUUGAGCAAAUGCAAGCAUGUUACAAUUAGCAAUUAUAGGUUGAGUACCCCUUAUUCACAAUUCUAAAAUCUGAAAAUCUCUGAAAUCCAAAAUUUUUGGAGUGCUGACAUGAUGUCACAAAUGGAAAAUUCCACAAGGCGCUGGGAAGGUCCCCAGACGAUAUCUGUGCACCAUAGAUAGUUCUGAGAAGUGACCUCACAUAUGUAAUGAACAGAAGUUAAGGAAAAAUAGAAAAAAAAAUGGCAUAAAUUGAAAAGUGAAGAUGCUGAUCAUGUAUCAUUCAUUCAGGAGUGAACAUUUGCCACUUAACAGUACGCUGACAAUGAAACAAGCAAAGAUCUAUCAUGACAAAUGAAAAAUUGAAGGCAAUUGUGAAUAUUCAACGGGCUAGUUGCACAAAUUUAAGAAAAAGCAUGGUAUUAAAAUUUCAAAGCAUCUGCUGAUCACAAAAAUCUAGCAGCAGAACAAGUCUAUGACGCUGAUUGUUUUCAGAGCUUGCAUAACGGCCAUAAAUUUUUAAAGCAUUGCAAAUGGAAAUCUUAACACCACAGCAAGUCUACAAUACUCAUUGUUUUUAUACCUUGCAUAAAACUUAAAAACUACAAAUAUAUACAUUGUACUGUAACAUUGUAAUCAAAAAAUAAUAAUCCUAGGUAGAGACUGAAAGCCUAACGUUGUUUAUUGUCACAAACGAGAAAAUCAGCAAUGCUGUAAACCCAAGCAACACACACAAAGUACUGCCUGGCUUGAUGAGUUCAUCCAGCAUUUUGUGUGUGUUGCGUUGUUUAUUGUUGUUCAACAGGUGAUUCAAUUAUUCUCCUGAUGCUGCUUUUGUUACCCUGCACACAUUACAUAUCAUUAAUAGAAUGAAAAUAUAAUAAUUUUUAGCAUUGAAUACAUGUGUAAUGAAAAAGUGCAAGCCAAAGACUACUUACCAGUAGCAUAUAAAUUCUGAGUCAGAAAUGAUGACAAUCCCAAGCUAUCUCAUUAUAUAUGCCAAAAUCCAAAAAGAAUUCAAAAUCCAAUCCAAUACCACAAGCAUUUCAGAUAAGGGGUACUCAACCUUCAUAAUGUUAAUGGUAAAAGCUAAAACUUAUUCAUUAUAUUUUCUGCUAGGAUACAGGCCAUCCCUGUACAGCCAACAAUCCUGAAAGUUGCUGUACACCAGUGUCACCUCAGCACUUCAUCGAUCUCUUUAAAUUUUAAGUGGAACUACUGAUGCUUUAAGGCUUUUAUGUUCGAUAGCCUUGAUCAUUUCUCGUACAAGAACAACCAAUUUGCUUCCUUUUCUUCUGCAAUAUGUUUUUCAUUAUUUUUUUUAUAUCCAUAUACUACCAAAAUUAGAUAAAACUAAUGUAGGACAUUUCCAAUAUCUGCAUGUUUUGAUUCCUGAUUUGUAUUAAUAAAGUUAGACUUCAUUUUCAACAUGUUUGUGCACAAUAAUAUUUCAGGCUAAAUGUAAAAGUGCAACAUUGUUUUAGCUAUUUUUAGCGAAAGCAAAGACAUGUAUUAAGAGUUCUAUCAUUUUCAACCACAAAACACUUUUUGGAUAAAGCAUUGGGCCCUAAACAGCAUUUUUGUAUGAAUAAUAUUUUUUUAAGUUGCAGUAAAACUGUUCCUGCUUAUGAUUCAUUGUGUAUUUAUUAUAUUUUUAAAAAUGUAUAAUGUAAUGAAGUGCAUUAUUUUGUUAUGUCAUACCUGCUGCUUGUAAUUUUGCAGAUUUUGGUGAUCCAAGUACAACAUUGUAACACAUUUGAGAUGCAAAUUAAUUUUUAAUAAAAUCUUUAAAUUUAUAAUAUUUUGCACCACUGGUAAUGUACUGUCAGAGCUCUGUCAUGUAGAUAUUUUGGAAGUGUGAGGAAAUAAAGAAACUUGCUGCACUUUA